AUGAAAAUUUUCAAACAAAUUAGUCAACCACGUUUAUUUGAAUUUUUAUGUUUGAGAUUCUCUCAUUUUACGUUAACAUUUGGAAAAGUAAAGUUUUCGAUUAAAAUUAAUAAUAAAAUUCCAUCAUCAGUUGGGAAAAGAAAUUUCGAUGAAAUAGACAAUGCCGGAUUCAAAGAUUAUUUAUCGAAACGAAAUUUUGACGAAAUUGAUAAUGCAGGUUUUUCCGAUUAUUUAUCAAAAAGAAAUUUCGACGAAAUCGACAAUGCAGGUUUUAAGGAUCAUUUUUAUAAGAGAAAUUUUGACGAAAUUGACAAUGCAGGUUUUAAAGAUCAUUUUUACAAGCGUAAUUUUGACGAAAUAGACAAUGCCGGAUUUAAAGAUUAUUUAAGACUUAAAAAAAGUUUCGAUGAAAUUGAUAAUGCCGGUUUUAAAGAUUAUUUAAAAAGGAAUUUCGAUGAAAUUGACAGGGCCGGAUUUAAAGAUCAAUUUGAAAAAAAAACAUUCGUUAAAUCGCCGAAAAGGUAUCCCCGUGCCAUGAAAAUUUCAUCUACUUCCGGCCCGAAAAUGCAAAAUAAAAAUCUCAUGAGUUGUUUCAAUUGUAAUUUAUUAAAUAAAUUUUUAAAUGUUAUGAACUAA